GUGUCUAUUUUUCUUUCUUAGAGCUACUAGGGCUUUUUUCUCUUUUCAUUCGUCUAAUUUAGUCUGCUCUUUGGAUAGAUCCUGAACAGCAUAGCGUAAAGAUGGAGAAAGCGGAUGUAGAUCAGCCACACUCGAUGGGGACCACCAUCAUCGGUGUUACUUACAACGGCGGCGUUGUCCUCGGCGCCGACUCCCGUACCAGCACUGGAAUGUAUGUGGCAAAUAGGGCUUCAGAUAAGAUCACUCAGCUCACUGAUAAUGUGUAUGUUUGCCGCUCUGGAUCGGCUGCAGAUUCACAAGUUGUUUCAGACUAUGUUCGCUACUUUCUACACCAACACACGAUACAGCUUGGCCAGCCAGCGACUGUCAAGGUUGCGGCAAGUCUUGUUAGGCAACUGUCCUAUAACAAUAAGGCUAUGCUUCAAACAGGAAUGAUUGUUGGUGGAUGGGACAAAUACGAAGGGGGUAAAAUAUAUGGGAUUCCCCUUGGGGGCACACUCUUGGAGCAGCCUUUUGCUAUUGGAGGGUCUGGAUCUAGUUAUUUGUAUGGUUUCUUUGAUCAAGCAUGGAAGGAAGGAAUGUCUCAAGAAGAAGCCGAGAAACUGGUUGUGACUGCGGUGUCUCUUGCCAUUGCACGAGAUGGUGCGAGUGGCGGCGUGGUUCGCACUGUAACUAUUAACAAAGAUGGAGUUAAUAGAAAGUUCUAUCCGGGUGAUACUCUUCCACUUUGGCAUGAAGAGAUAGACGCUGUGAACUCACUGCUGGAUAUUGUGCCUGCAGCAAGUCCAGAACCAAUGGUCAGUUGAGGAUAGAAAUUGACUGUCAACAUGUAUUUCUUUUCCAGCACUGGCUCCCUGUUUGGAUCAUUGUUCAUUGUCCUCUUUGACCUUUAUAUACCCUCUUAAGGCUGACAAUUCCAAUUCUGUAAUGUCAUAUUUGCUUCAAAAACUUAUUUCCCGACUAUGUUUCAAAACAGGAAAGGGAAGGGUAAUUGAGUUCUGAAAUUUUUCCUUG